CAGGCGUGGUGAAAGACAUGGGUGGGGAGAAGGGGAACCUUCAAAUGUGAAAGUAGUUCCGGGCACUUUACCCAAACUGGGGAGAUUCCCGGAUGUUGGCUCAGCCGCCGAGAGAAAGGCGAACGGGAGAAGGCGGAGUAAAGGCGAGGAGGUACGCCACGGCACCGCAGGCACACCGGCGAAGCUACGGCAAAUCGCUUUGCAUAGGAAAACAACGUCAAGAGAGCAGGACACUCCUUGGAGGACACGCUUUGACAAGAAGAGGAGAGUAAAAGGAGCUGGAGACACUUACUCUGAAACUACAGUGAGGAAUAAAGAGACACACCGUCACUACAGCUUUCAUCCAGAUGUUGUCCAACAGAAGAGGCUGUGCUAAUGUCCUGAGCUGAGGGAGGCCUAUUUCAUCCCACUCAGAUUUCCUGCCGUCACCAUGACGUCGGAGCUGGAGAGCAGCCUGACCUCCAUGGAUUGGCUUCCUCAGCUGACCAUGCAGGCAGCUAUCCGCAAGGCUGAUGCCCAGAACACACAUGGGCCAGGCAUGGGCAAGAAGAGCACCCUGCUGGAUCACAACACCACAUUGGAUCAGGAGGAAGUGCAGCAGCACAAGGACGGCAAACCUCCCUACAGCUACGCCAGCCUUAUCACAUUUGCCAUCAACAGCUCGCCAAAGAAGAAGAUGACAUUGAGUGAGAUUUACCAGUGGAUCUGUGAUAACUUCCCCUACUACAGGGAGGCAGGCAGCGGCUGGAAGAAUUCAAUACGGCACAAUCUGUCAUUGAACAAGUGUUUUCUCAAAGUGGCUCGCUCCAAAGACGACCCUGGAAAGGGGUCUUAUUGGGCUAUUGAUACCAACCCAAAGGAGGACGCCUUGCCCACGCGGCCAAAGAAAAGGCCUCGGUCUGGGGAGCGGGCUUCCACACCAUACAGCCUGGAUUCCGAGUCUUUGGGGAUGGACUGUAUGAUCUCUGGAAGUGCCUCUCCAACGCUGGCAAUCAACACUGUGACUAACAAGGUGGCGUUGUACAACACAGACCAGGAAGGAAGCGAUAGCCCAAGAAGCAGCCUUAACAACAGCCUGUCUGACCAGAGUCUGGCCUCCGUCAAUCUCAACAGUGUGGGCAGCGUUCACAGCUACACACCGGUGACCAGUCACCCAGAGCCCGUGUCCCAGUCUAUGAGCCUGCAGCAGCCCCCCCAGUCCCAGUACAGCAUGCCAGACAGAGACAAACAGCUCCUGUUCUCAGACUUUGAAAAUCUCAGUGCCUCUUUCCGCAGCCUUUACAAGUCUGUUUUCGAGCAGUCGUUCAGCCAUCAAGGUCUGAUGGGGAUGCCGUCGGAUUCCUCUCAGCAGACCCACACCUCCUGCUCCUAUCAGCACUCCCCAAGUGGCACCAUUAGCACUCAGAACAGUCUGUCUAACAAUCAGCCCAACAGCCACCCCAACAACCACUCCACCACCGGCGGCCAAGUGCCGCUGUCACAUCCCGCCCAGGCCCACCCCGGCCACGGCUCGCCCCACGCACAGCACCUCCCCCCGCACGGUGGCCCUCACAACCAACACAGCCAGCACAGCCAGCAUCCACAGCAUGCCGCACACUCCCAGCACGGGCAUCACUCCUCGCAGCACCCGUCCCACGGCCAGCCCCAGCAGCAACACACGCAGCACCCGUCCCAGCACACACAGCACAGCCAGCACCCCUCUCAACACGGACAGCAGCACCAGAGCCUCUCCCACCAGACCCAUCCCACCCAGCAGCAGAUGGCCUGCAACACGGGACUACUGUCCGACUGGUGCCCAAACGUGGAUGCACUGAAGGAGACCUGUCGCAUUGCCAGCAGCUUUAACUGGGCCGAUGUCGACCUUUCACCUUUUCAAGGGUUGAAAGAGAGCAUGAGACAAGCGGAUCUGAACAACUGGUGCCUUGAACCCACCCAGAUCGCAGACCUCUGCUCGUCCAUCAACCAGUUCUUCACCCGAACCGGAGUGAUCCCGCCACAGGGGGCAGUGCAGCCCCUGGUCUGUCAUGGCUCCAUGCACCCCAACAAACCCAGCCAGCACCUCAACACAGGAAAUAUGUACGUGAGCUCAAAACCCAGCAUGCCCAUGACGGGUCCUCCAGGAUAUCCUCACAUGCCCCCCAUGAGCACUGCAGGACCCACCAUGACGGGACACCAUGCACAGAUGAACCAGCAGCACAUGAUGCCUAGCAGAAGCUUCCAGAUGAAUCGCAUGCCACCCGACGACACUUCGGAUGUCGAUGACUUUGACUGGGACUCCAUCGUCUACUAGAACCUCUUGUUUUUCUCAAAGUGAAUGGAGGAGGCGGAAGCCUGAAGAUACGAGGCGGAGCGGGACGGCUGCAGGUGGAGGAAGCCACUGUUUCUUUCAGAAGAAUAUUUGAUACACUUUGGAGAAACUUCAGUCCUGACAAUUUUACAAAAAGCAUAAACCAGACAUUAUCACCUUGAAGACAAUCAUGUUUUAGUUGGACGUGUUCAGAGGCCGCUUCAAACUACAUGCUCCAACGCCCCCCCCCAGCAGUCAUCCCUCCAAAGUCCAGCCCCCCCCCUUGCCCCGUGACCGUUAUGUGGUUUGAGCUCCGUGUUCAGCUUGUACUUUUUUCUCGUGUCAACGUUGGUCUCAGCUGCCUCUUGGAUGAGUUUCUCUUCUUAGUUCUCUUUUUGUUUUAAGGAAACACAAGCAACCUCCAUGAAUUAUCACGAUGAUUUCUCUUUGGGAGAAAGGCGGAUCUAUUAGUUGGUGACACAGUCAAGUUUACAGAAGUGGAGGGUUGGAACAGGGUGAGGUCCUAAACCAGGCUGGAUAUUUCAACAGUCUGUUUGGUUCUCUGCAGUAAAGGGAGGAUUUCCUGUAGCUGCUCGUGUUCUCGCUUUAUCUGCUCUCCGUCCUCGUGGUUCUGUUCCUCCUUCAGUCAUGAGCUCUUGUAACUUUAAGAGCGUUGUUACUUUUUUUUUUACUUAAUAUUGUCUCCCGUUUGAGCUCAUCCAUCAUUAGGCAAACUAUAAUUACUCAAAACGAGCGCUCUAUUCUGUCUAUUAAUCAAUGUUGAAUUGAUCUUUAAUUAGAAAAUAUAUUAGGAAUUCAUAAAUCAUAGUAAAAGCAGCUUCUGAGUUUAAAUUUCAUUAUUUAAUACAAUUGUAUUAAUAAAAGUUUCAGUUUUUUCACUUUAAAGUGAAAAGUUGUUUUUAAAACACAAAAAAAUUGAAUGGAAAUUUGAAAAAAAAAGCGUAAAUGGAUUUUAAAGAAUCGUAUCAAACAGUGAACUCAUGAAUUCAAAUGAUGCUGAGCCCUGCUCUAGAAUGAAACUGUGUUUUUCAUGAUAACGCCUCUUGAUGCAGAUGUACAUCAAUCUAUUUUGGCUCCAAAACUACCUUCAUUUAGCAUCUACUUGAAAUCAAAAGAAACAUUUUAAUCAUAGAAAGUCAGAUUAAUGAAUUUCAGAACAUGAAAAAAGUUCAUCUGAACUUGAAACAACAGAUUUGAUGAGCCUCGUCUUCACUUCCUGUCCACCGUAACGCCGCUUUCCUCAAACCGCCAUGAUGUCCGACACGCCACCUUUCCUGCAUUUCCGUUAGGUAACAGAACUGAAAUGAGUGUGAACAUGUAUGGCAUUUAUUACAACGAUUUCUAUGAGCCGUUUGUUUUGUAGAAUUUCCUCCUCCUGCAGGAAAAGAAAAAAAAAAAACUCCUGGAUUUGGUUCACAACGUUUUUAUGUUCCGAAAUGAGCAGCAGCGCUUUAAUGAGCACACUCUUUUCUCUAUUCAUUAACUCUGCAGGAAAAAAAAAAAACAUCUCAAA